CUAGGCUCCUAGCUUUAAAGCAUCAAACAAUAAAGUGGUCUCAGAAUUGUACAACUUCCUUGCCAUCUGCCACCAUCUUUUCUAUUUCUUGUCUUGGUGUUCUUAGUGGUUCAUGGAUAUUGAUCCCUUCUGGAUUACUGGGGGGUGGUUCAUUAUUACUGAUUUUAAUUUCAUGGCACCAGCUAGACAAUUAUCAGUCUGUGAAAACACGACAAAAUUGCAAGCUAUGGUGCUUUUUCUUGGUCUUCUCUUGAUUGUUCCUCUUCUUGCUCGUCCCAUAGAUUUAUCCAAGAAAUUCACAGCUUCCUCGCCAUCUACAAGAGCAAAACAUUUUACCACAGAAAUCCAUCCACAAGAAUCAAAGUACACGCCACCUUCUAGAACCACUGAUGAUGCUGCUGCCGUGACAAGCAGCACCACCACCACGGUUUCUGCCACUCCUGUUUCUGCUUCACGUCAACAGUUUAAAGCAGCUUUCCAUGAAGUACCUAGUGGUCCAAAUCCUGAGUCCAAUUAACAAGUAAGCAAGAGGAACCAUGAUUGAUUGUGGACAUUAUUGUUUUCAUGAUUAUAAUAAUGAUCUUCCUCAAAUUUGAUUAGCGAGGCAUUAAGCAGUUGCCGACAUCAUCUUCGUUGUCUAUUUUGUCCUACAGAAGUGCUAGGAUAUUGUGUAUAUAUAGCAACUAGCGAGCAAUACUUCAUUAGUUUCUGUUUUUCUGUGUGUGUUGAAUUGUUAGAGUGCAGGGGCUUAUACCGUUGAUCUUAAAAUGUUAGACAUUCUCAGAACAAGAAUAAGUAAGUACUACAUGUGUAGUAAAUUAUGUAAUGCGAUGGAUAUGCUCAAGCUCAUCAUGUGAGUAUAAUUAUAACCUGGCCUGGUAGUCUUUUUCUUU